AUGAUGGGCAGAUUGAAUGAGCUUCAAUUGCAGGCUGAGAAGGAGUAAAAUCAAUUUGGAAGAACCAAGGAUGAUUUCUAAGUCAAAGUUCAGAAUCUAUCCAGAGACUUGACAACUAAUUUGCGUAGGCCAUGCAAAAAGAAAAACUAGUAAUUAAAAUAAGAAAUCAUCAAUCUGCAAUAGCAAAUAGCUUAAAAGCAUUAGCAAUAUAGCGAAUAGAAAUCUUAAGCUGAUGCUUAGAUCAAUAAGUUGAAUAUAGAAAUCAGUAAGUUAAAGACAGACUUGGCUGUUAAACAGCAAUAACUAGAAUCAAGUGAGUAACAAUUCAACCAGUAUAAGAUGACAACGACUAAAUAGAUUGACUCUAUGAUUCAAUAAUUCGAGUAGAGAUAAAAUGAAAUUUCAUUAGGAUAAUGA